AUGUCUUGUGUCGAUCAUUUUCCAAAAGCACAAAUAGGUCAAUGUCACAUUUAUUCAUAUCUAUAUGAAUUAGAACAUUAUGGUACUAAAGCAAAUAAUUUUCCAGGUGGAAUAUUUAAAUGUGUUCGUAAGAUAUUAUUAUUUGAUGAACGAUCAUUUGAACAUGAAUUUUUUCUUCGUACUUCUCAAUCAUUUCCAAUGUUAAAGAAUGAACUAUAG